CAUCAUUUACAUGUGGUGGCUGUCAGCCUCUCACUGGCUGCCAGUGACCGCGCCUUGGAUUGUUGCCUAUUGUGUCAUACACAGUAGGAUCCCUUCCAUCGAAUGGUGCAGCGUCACGUUGAGAAUCCCAUGGUCUAUUGGCUGAUCGAUCUGCCCGCUCUUUCGGCUUAUGUCGUGGCUUUCUGGCGGUGUUUUCACCGUUGUUCCCCUGGGUACAUAUGCAGGUACUCAAUUUGGUCCGGACAGUAUACUACAGUAGUACUCCGUACUCAGUAUCCAUGCAGCCAUGUACGUGGCAGGGAUGUCCUGGGCGGAGCUGGGAUGGUGUCAGGAGUCCAAUCUAGUAUUAUCAUGGCCUCCCCCCCCCCCCCCCCCCCUUUAAUUCUCUUGAUCUACGGAGUACGGAGUACAGAGUACAGAAGAUAGUUAUACACAGUACUCCCAACCAUGCCUGAUGCUUUUCAACUCCACGGUGUGAUAGCGGAUACCUUUGGAUCAACAAUGAGUGCCCGACUACUAACGAGCGCAACCAUUUGCUGGAGUCAUAUCGGAUGGCCCCUCCGUACAGCGAAC